AUGAAAGCUUCAAAACGUGGACAUGAAUCCGACGAUGAUGAAUCUGUAAAUAACGAAAGAAUGGUGCGUUACGAAUGGCAUCGCGAGCGCAUGCUAUAUCGUGCUGGGUUACCCUGUAAGUUUGAACGUAUGGGCGGAUGGCACAAGUUUUGCAAACAUGAAGAAUCGCCCCGACGUAGAAGGAUGAAGUAUUUAAUAUCGCAAUCUCCUUUUCUACCAUAUAGCGAUCGGACAAUCUCGCAGCAUCUGAGCAGAACGCAACGAUGGAUGCGAAAUCCUGGGCGGAAUUCACUCUAUCAUGGAAUCAGAGUGAUCAGGAAGGAACUUGAUAGUAUGUGGCUUAACGAGAGAAGAUUGUUAAGUGGUUGCUGUUGCAAUGUCAUGACAAUGUUAUUUUGUUUAAGAGUGAUGUCUGAAAUUGAACAAAAAGCUGAGAAAUUAAUCAAAAAGUAUCGUGCGCAACAGGAAUUUUGGCCUAUAUGUGUAUUGCCAGUUCAAUAUAAUGAAUCGCAACUGGUGGAGAGCAUCGAUUUCUCGAGACAUCCAUCACAAAUAGGAGAUUAUCUGGAUCACAUUAGAUCAAUUGAUGCCGGAUAUCGUCAACAUAUCCGACGUGAAAAAGAUACUGUGCAUCUUUUUGCCGAGCGUAUAAUGAGAUGGAGAGAGGGCGCUGGUGGUAAACUGUUCAGAAAAUUGGAAAGACGAUAUGAUGAAUAUUUGAAUUGUAUAGUCAAUAGAAGUAUCAAUAUUUUACCAGGAAUUCCUGAAGCUCGAACGAUGAAAAAGUUAUGGAAACUGAAGGCAAUUUUCCAACGCAGAUUUAAAUGUGUGCUUGCUGGAUGGCCUUGCAGAAUGGAAAAGGCUUUGUUAUGUUCCUACUGUCACUUUCUCAGAGUGCAAAAAAACUGA